CAGGAGUUUAGGACUUUAGGCCAUUUCUACAUGAUGUUUAACAGGGCUGAUUCUCCUUCUGUUAGAUUUUAUCGGAUUUGUUCUUUAAUGCUUCUAAAAAUGGACACCUUCCUCUUUACCUCCGAGUCUGUGAAUGAGGGACACCCUGAUAAGCUCUGUGAUCAGAUUUCCGAUGCAGUGCUUGAUGCCUGCCUUGAACAAGAUCCUGACAGCAAAGUUGCCUGUGAGACUUGCACCAAGACCAACAUGGUCAUGGUUUUCGGAGAGAUCACAACCAAAGCCAAAGUGGACUAUGAGAAGAUAGUGCGCGACACCUGCCGCAGCAUUGGAUUUGUUUCGGAUGCUGUAGGCCUUGAUGCUGACAACUGCAAGGUCCUGGUGAACAUUGAGCAACAAAGCCCUGAUAUAGCUCAGGGUGUGCAUGGCCACCUCACCAAGCGGCCCGAGGAAAUUGGUGCAGGAGACCAGGGUCACAUGUUUGGUUAUGCCACUGAUGAGACUCCUGAGCUUAUGCCUCUCAGCCAUGUUCUUGCUACACAGCUUGGUGCACGUCUCACUGAUGUUCGAAAAAAUGGCACCUGCCCUUGGCUGAGACCUGAUGGCAAGACUCAAGUCACUGUGGAGUACUACAAUGACCAUGGUGCUAUGGUUCCACUCCGUGUCCACACGGUUCUCAUUUCUACUCAGCAUGAUGAGACUGUUACCAAUGAUGAAAUUGCAGCUGACCUCAAGAAACAUGUCAUUAAGCCAGUUGUUCCUGAGAAGUACCUAGAUGAGAAGACUAUUUUCCAUCUCAACCCUUCAGGUCGAUUUGUGAUUGGUGGACCGCACGGUGAUGCAGGUCUAACUGGCCGAAAGAUCAUCAUCGACACCUAUGGUGGUUGGGGAGCUCAUGGUGGUGGUGCCUUCUCCGGCAAGGACCCUACCAAGGUAGACAGGAGCGGUGCAUACAUUGUUAGGCAGGCUGCUAAGAGCAUUGUAGCCAAUGGCCUUGCUAGAAGGUGCAUAGUGCAGGUCUCAUAUGCAAUUGGUGUACCUGAGCCACUAUCAGUGUUUGUUGACACUUAUAAGACUGGAAAGAUUCCAGACAAGGAGAUUCUGAAGUUAGUGAAGGAGGCCUUUGAUUUUAGGCCUGGAAUGAUUGCCAUUAACUUGGACCUCAAGAGGGGAAGGUAUUUGAAGACAGCUGCUUAUGGACACUUUGGUAGAGAUGAUCCUGACUUUACAUGGGAAGUGGUGAAGACCUUGAAGUGGGAAUAGCCUUAAAGAGUACAGGAUGUGAUUCUGAUCUCUCUACUUAAUAGCAGCUGAUUAUUGAUUUGCUUCUUCCAAAUCAAGAAGAGGCUUGCUAUUGCUUGCUUUUGAUUGUGUGCAUGUGUGCUUUUUCUUUAUUCUAUCAAGCGGCUUCAUUUGGCAUGUUGAAUUCUAUUGAAGAAAAUAGUGGAGUUUUGAGUUUGGUGAAUCAAACAUGUAAAGAAUCGCUCUCUUGAUUACUGUAAUUGAUUUCUGUGCACAAGCUAGAAAGGAUCAGCUGCAAGGCCACAUCAA